UAUUUUAUUUCUGGCGGAUAAACGCCACGGUCCCAAACUUCAGCACCUUCUAUCAUCUUCUUCGUACUCCCACAGUUUCAGAAAUGCUCCAUAGCUCAAUCUCAUACACUCAAUCUCCGAAAUUCAACCUCUACCCCCCUUCAAUUAUAUUCAGUUUUAUGACACCGGUCACUGUCAAACAACUGUGAUUGUCACUACAGCUUCCUUUCCUAGAAAUGGACGGUCGAGCUUUAACGGCCUCUUCCUUCUUCGCUCCCAUUGAUUUAUUGCGACCCAGAAGAAGAGCUGUUCGAAAUUUGUGUUUCAAUGGAAGACUCAGUAAGUUUUCGGUUCUUGCUUCCAAAGAAGAGGCUGAACUCGACCGUUGGGACCAAAUGGAGCUCAAAUUUGGCCGCUUGAUUGGGGAAGACCCCAAAUUAACAUUGGCUAAGAUAAUGAGCAAAAAAAUGAAUCCGGAUGCUUCUUAUCUUGAAGUUGAGAAAUCGUUUUACCAGAAGAAGGGUAAGUCUAGUGAGGUAGAGGAACUUUCUCUUGAUGGUUUGAAUUUGAUCAGACCUCAGCUAAAGAAGGAAAUGAAGUUAAAGGCUGCCAAUAAGCCACCUGGACCGGAUAUAAAGAAACCAAGUCAAGCUGUUGGAAAGGUACCAGUUAGUCCUAAGGGUAGGGUUCCCAAUGUUAUUUUGAGAAAACCGACUAUUUAUAAUGAGGAUGAUGUUGAAGAUAAGCCGUCGCGGUUAAGGAUGAAGCCAAAUUUAUCGUUGAAAAUGAGCAAUGUAUUGACAAAGGAGAAAUAUAGUGAUAUGACACUGUUGAGGAAGCCAGAACCAAUGACUUCAAAUGAAGUUAUUGAUGAGGAAAAGCUCUCUGGUGAUGGGUAUGUUGAUAAUGUUGAGAAUAUUGAAAAUCGGGCUAGUAAGGGGUCAUCAAGUGACCGAAUUGAUGAUUUUACUCUUUCUAAAAAGCCAGAAAUAGGAGGUGACAAAACAAGUCUUGAAAGUGAAAAUGAUACUGUUGAUGUUAAAGAGAAAAACGGCAUUGAUGACCUGUACAUCUUAGAAAGGCCUUUAAAUGUGAUGUCUGGCGUGUCUGAAGAAACUGAAGUAGGCUCAUCAACAAAUGAAAACGGAAAAGAUAUUGAUUAUUCUUCUAUAGGAUUGCAGCUACAUGAGCCAAGUGAUAUAGAUUAUGUUGAGAACCCAGCAGCUUUGAGCGAAUCAUUCAAUGAUAUUUUGGAUUCAACAAUAGAAGUGUCCAAAAAAGCUACAUUAUUGGGUAAACCAAGAAGAGUAGAUCAUUCUUCUGAAGAAACUCCAAAACUCAAUAGAGAAGAGGCAUCCACCCCUGAAACUGACCUCAAUGGUGCUCUUGAGACAGGGAGCUUCUCUGCUAUCCCUGCUUUGGAGGAGCACGAACUUGCUGACUGGACAAAAGCAGAAGAUCUGGCUAAGUCAGGAGAUAGAGCUGACGUGGAAGUAAUAAGCUCAAGUACUCGAGGUUUUGUUGUAUCAUUUGGCUCCCUAGUAGGAUUUAUUCCAUAUCGUAAUCUUGCUGCCAAGUGGAAGUUCUUAGCUUUUGAGUCAUGGCUAAGACAGAAAGGUUUGGAUCCAUCAACAUACAAGCAAAACUUAGGAACUAUUGGAAGUAGUGGUGGUGGAAGCCAGGCCUUUGCCAGUACUAGGUCAGAUUCAGAAAUUGAUGUAAAAGAUGGGGGAGAACUUACACCUGAUAUGAAAUUGGAGGAUCUUCUUCAAAUUUACGAUCGAGAGAAAAUCAAAUUCUUGUCAUCAUUUGUUGGCCAGAAAAUCAAAGUAAUUGUGGUGUUAGCCAACAGAAAAUCGAGGAAGCUUGUAUUUUCCAUGAGGCCAAAAGAGAGGGAGGAAUUGGUCGAGAAAAAAAGAAGUUUAAUGACGACACUGCAAGUAGGUGACGUUGUCAAAUGCUGCAUUAAGAAGAUUGCUUAUUUUGGUAUCUUUGUCGAGAUCGAAGGAGUCCCUGCUUUGAUUCAUCAGACAGAGAUUUCUUGGGAUGUUAAUUUGAACCCUGCAUCAUAUUUUAAAAUUGGUCAGGUUGUAGAGGCAAAAGUUCAUCAGUUGGAUUUUUCCCUGGAACGCAUAUUCUUAUCGUUGAAGCAGAUUACACCAGACCCGCUAGCUGAAGCAUUGGAGUCUGUGGUUGGUGAUCAUGAUACCAUGGAUGGAAGAUUAGAUUCAGCCGAAGUAGAUACCGAGUGGGCUGAUGUAGAAUCUCUCAUUAAGGAACUGCAAAAUACUGAAGGUAUUGAGGCUGUAUCCAAAGGGCGUUUUUUCCUUAGCCCUGGUUUGGCUCCGACUUUUCAGGUAUAUAUGGCUUCUAUGUAUGAAAAUCAGUACAAAUUACUUGCUCGAUCUGGAAACAAAGUACAAGAGCUGAUGGUUGAGACAUCUUUGGAUAAAGAAACAAUGAAAUCAGUCAUUUUAACUUGCACCAACAGAGUAGAGUAGCCAGUAUCUUGAGUUUCUGAAGCUUAUACUUUGAAAGAAAAUUUGAUUGUGAAACGUACAUACGACAGCAAGCAAUAUUAGAACUGAUUAAUGAAUAGAAGAAUAGAAAAAAUAGUUCUCCUUCAAUUUGUUUAAUAGUGAGAAGAAAAGCCUGUCCUUUGCUUUUUCUCCUUUUUUGCCCAAUUUUCUUGUAGGAAGUUGAUGUAACUUGGCUACUGUUUAUUAAAAUCAAACCACAUCAUGAUAUUUUUUUUCAUUCAAUAGAAAUUCAACAUCUUUUUCAUUCUAAA